AUGUUGCGACCCGGAUUUGCUGACAUUGGUUUCCUGUUUUUGACGUCUGAAGGUUGUGUGGGGUCCAGUGAUAAAGACCUUUACGUGGGCAAGACAUUUAAGAACCGAGACGAGUUCAAGCAACGUAUGGCCUUAUAUGCAAUCAAGCACAAGUUUGUUAACCGUUGUGCAAGGUCGUCACCUUCUGUUAUGGUGCUUGAGUGUUCUGGAGUGGCAUGUAUGUGGCGGGUCUAUGCGGUCCUUGUCAAGGGUUCGAGCCUGUAUGAAAUUCGUAAGAUACGUGGGGGGCACAGUUGCAGCGUUGAUGAGCGUGCUGGAUACCAGAGACAGGCGACAUCGAGCGUCAUAGGGGAGAUGCUCAGGCAGCAGUUCACCGGAAAGGGUGUUGGUCCGCGGCCAAGGGAGAUCAGGCAGGUGAUAGGGGGCGAUCAUGCUGUAAACAUUUCCUACUGGAAAGUGUGGCGUUCGCGGGAGGCAGCGGUUGAGUUCGCAAAGGGAUCAUGCGGUGCUUCGUACCAAAGCCUUCCAAAUUAUCUGCAGCGGCUUAUUGAAGCUAACCCAGGGACAUUGGCCCAUCUUGAUACAGACUACGUAGAGAGCGUGGGUCGGCGUUUCAAGUAUAUGUUCAUCGCUAUGGGAGAAAGUGUGAAAGGCUUUGAAUUUGUGCGUAAGGUUGUGGUCAUAGACGGUACGCAUCUAAGAGGAAAGUAUGCAGGCUGUCUCUUAACCGCUUCUGCUCAGGAUGGGAACUAUCAAAUUUAUCCCUUGGCCUUUGCUGUGGUUGAUGGGGAAAACGACAAGUCAUGGGAGUGGUUUUUCGAGAAAUUUUCGUCGUUCGUUCCUAAUCAGAGCGGUGUUGUGUUUGUUUCCGACAGACACGCGUCGAUCUAUCAAGGACUGAGCAAGGUGUAUCCAAAUGCUGGCCAAUGUGCAUGCAUUAUCCACCUAAAGAGGAACAUUCGGACCAUCUUCAAGCAGAGGCAGCUUGGAUAUCUUGUUUCGAAGGCAGCUAAGGCGUUUAGGAUGGUCAUGUUUUAUGAAACAUUCGCCGAAAUUAGUUCAAUCAAUCAAGCAUGUGCUGACUACCUGAUUGAUAUAGGGCUUGAGCAUUGGACAAGAUCUCAUUUCCCUGGCAGGCGCUACAACAUCAUGACGAGCAACCUUGUGGAGUUUUGGAAUUCUGUGCUUAGUAAUUUUUAA